AUGAAACGAAUAACUCGGCUAAAAAAGGAGACAGUGAACACGAUGCCUGAUUGGCCUAACGAAAAAUGCAUUGAAAUACCUGGACGGUUAGAGGGAAUGGUUAGUAUAAAACGAAGAAAACGGCGUGUUAUCAAUCUAGCCCGGAAACUUCAUGCAGUGCUUGACAAAGGAACUCUUAUGUUUUAUACAAAGAAGAAAGGUGCAAUAGCUGUAACCCCCGAAUUCCAGAUUGAUUUGGCUAAGGUAACCGUAAUGUACGAUGAAAAACGCAUCAUUUUAAUCUUUAAGACAGGAAAUGAAUCGUAUGCUUUGAUUCCUUUGGAGGACACACUCGAACAUUGGAAAGAAGGAAUUUGCAAGCAUCGUCUACAUCGUCAAGAAGCAGUUGGAAAAGGUCUACCAUCGGACAACAACCAAACAUUGGAUUCGAUUGCCAUUAAACCAAGCGAUGAAAAAAGCUGGGAGUCACAAGCAGGCAACAGACUGUUCGAUGAAGUCCACCAAAUGCAAGGUUUAACUCUGGAAGUUCUCGAAAAGCUUACAAAAACUUACGAAGAAAUGCAGAAGACUAACGAAGAAAUGAAGCAAACAUUGAAAAAUCUGAAGGAUGCUCUGGCUAGACCGUCAGGAACGGACUCAACGUCGAUAUGGACAACUGGAACUACCUCCGGAACGCCUUCAAAUGCUUCUACAAUUCCUAGAUCAGCCUUUUCAACUGCGGAAAUAUCUACAACUUCAGACAUGCCUACCGACUCGAGAGCACCAGAAGCGUCAGAAUCGGAAACGGACGAGGAGGAUAAUGCCCAUGGCCGGUCAGAUUCGAAAAAGGCAAGAGAAAAGAAGAAAUUCGCAAUGUCCGGUAUCAAUAUGUCCCUCGAGGAGAUCAUCAGCAAAAACAAGAAAUCGAAGUCAGGACGACUCAUUGGUGGUUUUCGGAGUGAUGGUGUAAGCAAGUCAAGUGCAGGGAAAAGUGGAGCUCGUAGUUUCGGGAGGUUCUCUGAUCGCACUCCUGCUGGAAAAUGGAAACACGAUAAGUUCCAAGAUGACAGCGGGACUUUUCGUGCAAGAGGAGGAGCGAUCGGUAAAGCGAGCGUAGGGUCGACUAAUCCAAACAAGAAAGUGCGGGUCAACCUGUCCAAUCUCGGACCGAAUGUCGUCUCAGCUGAUCUAGAGGAAUUGUUCGCUCCGUAUAACAUUGAUAGCGCAGCGAUUCACUUCAACGAGCAGGGCGUAUCGCUCGGCACAGGAGAUGUGUAUUUGAGGAAAAAGGAUGCCCUUCAGAUGUUUGAGGACUUCAGAGGAGUCUCUCUUGAUGGUAAGCUCAUAAAAAUGUUGAUAGUUGAUGGCGGAUCAGCAGUCGCAAACGGUAUUGAAAGCCGUCUCAGCAAGCUACCUCGUCAAGGUCCUCGUGGAAUACAGAAGAGGUUCAAGCGGAACUCAGCUGGUGCUGUUUCUUCUUCAUUUUUGGACCGCAUUGGGGAUGAGAAACCCAGGAGGACUGCACGUCCUGGUCGCAGUCUUGGAAGGAGGGAAAGAAGACCUCAAAAAUCAGUGGCUGAGUUGGACGCAGAGCUGGAAUCGUACAUGAACAAGGGAAGACCACUCGAUAUCUAA